AUGAGUAAACGAGUUUCAUCGAAAGCAUCAUGUGAAAGUUUAUCGAGAUUAUUAAAAAGUAGGCAUUGUAACGGACACAAUGAUGCUAUUGAGGGAGAUCAAGGAAUAUUUAUUCCAUUAGUUGUAUGUCGAUGUUUAGAUGGUUCAGUUUACGAUGAAGAUGAUGAUUUCGAUCAGUCUUAUACAACAAAAAAAACUAGUCAAACUUUGAAAGAUUUUCGUUCUGAUAUGAAAUUAAUAGUUGAUCAUGAAAAGCGUCCAUUAUGGAUUACAGCAGAUGGUCAUAUUUUUCUGGAAUCAUUUUCAUCUGUUUAUAAACAAGCUGAUGAUUUUUAA